AUGUUACAGCUACCAACCGAGCUCAUCGAGCUUAUUCUCCUGCACUGUGAGACUCCUGCCUUUUUCCAGGCCGCUCGGGCAAGUCGUCGCCUAUGGAAAAUCGCCCACAGUGGCCGAGAGGCUAUACUCCAUCGCCUAUACCACACACCGGGGUGGUAUAGUGAUGAGCUGCAACAACUCACAACCAGGGAUCUUUACACCCUUCUGAAGUGCCGGUCAAAUGCCCAGUUGGAUGGGGUGGAGUACCGGGCGGACCUCACAACGUAUGGCUUUCCUGCAGUCCUGGACAGUCGCGCAUCUGCAUUCGAGUCACAAAGACACAGCACUCGCGCAUUGCUGGUCUUUAAAAAUGACAGCACCGUCUACUUAGUGACGAUGCAAGAUGGGAAGUUGAUCCAGGAAGCCAAGUGGAGAUCCCCCGGACAAGACACCGGAGACGUCGACAUUAUCCAGACUGCCUUUGAUGGAAACCAUGGGGUCUACGUGCUUCAUCGACACAAGCCGUUCCCCGAUCAAGACCUCGACGCCAACCAUCCAUUUGUUCAGCAGGCCUCCCAGGCUCGCUCGCACGGGUGCAUCUUCAUGGCCUAUCAUGACCUGAAUACGGAAAAUACAACUGUCCGCAUGUGUGGCUUCCCUGAACACCAGACAUAUACCCCGCUAGCUCUCGCGGUGGCCGACAGACAGUUUGCCAUCUCCUGGCAAAAUGCAAAUCAGCCCGAGGACCACGGGGUCGUCCUCUAUCGGUUCAAUGAGACUGAGGGUGUGGAUGAAGAGAAAGACGACCAAGUCACCUAUACCUCUUACUGGAGCCGCAGCUUUCUUAGCUCGCACGAUCGUCCCGCCUCAGGGACCGGACCUGUCGUGAAAUUGGCAUUCAAUGACCGAGGCUUCCAGCUACUGUGUCACUAUCGGGCCCAACCCCUGUACGGAUCCUUCAGAGCACUCUACAAUACCCACUUGCAAGGCGAGCUAGGCCCAUCGAUUGCAAAUAGGUGUAACGUGCAGUUCGCACCAAAUCUGAGUCUCCAAUUCUCCAUUGGUAUACCAUUCUUCGCCACCCACAAGACGGGCAACGUUGCCAAUGGAAUACCAUGUCAUUGGCAGUAUCUCGCAUUUGGCAUAGCAACGCAUCGAGUCGAAAACUGGACGGUGGCAUGCCUCCUGAGAUCUGAGGCGUUUCCUCGCCAGCGGUGUACUCAUGUUCAUAAUCUGGACCGUGGCAGGCGCUUUGAAAGUUGGAAGAUCAUGGCACAGCUCGGGAGCUAUCAGCAAUCGACAACCUCACAUGGGUCGCAAGUGGCUGCUUCGCGAUGUGGAACUCGAAUCGCCGUGGCAGAUUGGAAAACCCUCUACGUCUGGGCUCUGAACCCCACCGAAGUGUUAGACACCGAAAGCACAUUUUACCCACCAUCGUGGAUCUCCUCGUCUGACACCCCGGUGCUCCCACCUGUGAUCCUCCAAUUAGGAGCGGUCUGCUCCCAGCUCCGAUUCACUGAAAAGAACUCCGAAUUGAUUGCGAUCACUGAUCGUGGAGUGAUGCACAUCAACCUCUCCAAUGGCGAAGGCGAGCGAAAAGGGUUAUCAGGGCAUGAGAUAAUGUUGUAG